AUGGACGUCGAAAAGACAAUCAGAGGCCUCAAGCCCCUUGGCGGGCAAGUGGUUCCCAUUCGGACUGUCCAGGAGACAAGGCCUCCAGAAGAAUUCGGCGAUGCCUUUGUCGCAGAAGUCAAUGUGAAGUCUGCAUCCAAAGUGAUCAAGGCUCUCGACGCGGCUUUCCCCAAAGACCCUUCCCUUCCGCUAUCACACCUCCGUCGCUUCGCUAAAAGAGAAUUACUCCCAUCCCCACUGAGGGCAGAGAUUGAAAGCCAGAGCGCUCCUCCAGCAGCGCCGGCACAAACCAUAUUCGUGCUCAUAUCACCGCCAUUGCCUGAUCUCACCACACUAAAGGCUCUGCUCGCUCCAUUUGCGCCGGACACGGCGCCGGCCGCUACAAACGAUCCUCCCACUGCAAAUGAAACGCCAGACGAGGCUUCACACUCCGAUUCUUCAGCCCCUACCAUUCAUAUUCAUCCCGCUACAAUCCCUCUUUGCCCUCCCUUCAAUGCAACCCAGGCCGAAACAUGGAGCAAGACCCUCUGGCCAGUCGUAUUCAACCCAGCCGCACCCCGCUCAACUGUCGCGCCACCCCCUCAAAUCCUAAAACGUGCACAGGAAUCCAUUGAACCACGGGCAGGGUACUAUCUAUCCCUGGCGCGCAAAGUAGCAGAGGAAGCAGAACAAUCCGGGCUAGGCCGCGGCAUAGGCGCAGUGAUAGUCGACCCUGCCAUCGAAGAAGAAAUAACCGAGACAGGCUACGAUGCCGGAUAUGACACUACAGCAGAAUGGGAUGAAGCAGUCCUCGUAGUUGCCGGCGAUGCGCGGUACUCCCGCUCCGAGGCAGGCGCACCAUCCCAGGCCCAGCUGCACGCCGGGGUAGCGCCAAAUCCAGCGAGCAAGACAUACAACGCGGAUGUCGAGGGCGGGCCUGAACUGCACGCGCUGAUGCGUGCUGUCGAUUUGAUUGCUCGCUGGCGCCGAGAGCACGAUCGUCUUGACGACGUGUCUGCGUCAACGACUACCGCGGGUCCAUCGAAGCCUGAACUAGAACAGUCAGAGCUAAGCGCCUUAGAAUCAUACUUCUUAUACCGCCACCGUCCUAGCACAACCACCAACAUCCCCAACUUACCUCACUCUCCGUCCUCUCCAUUGAAGAGGAAACACCAAGACCCUAACCCUGAAUCCGACUUGACUAUCGACCCCUCUACAGGCCCUUCCCAAUCCGAGCUUCACCACCCGCCUCUCCCGGCUCCUCCCCCGUCUACCAUAGUACUUGCGGAUUCUGCUACACCGGCUAUAACGCCUGCAACCCCGCGCAUUCGUACUCGCUCACAGGGUGGCUACCUCUGCACAGACUUGGACGUCUACCUUUCCCAUGAGCCAUGUCUGUGCUGCUCUAUGGGCAUACUUCUCUCCCGGUUCCGGUCUGUCAUCUUCCCCAGAAGUGGGAGGUUGGAGAGUGGUGGCCUGUCUUCUGAGCCGGUUGUUGGUCCUGUGGCCGAUGAGGUUGUUCAAGCUGCAGAGGCUGACACUUCUGCAGUUGAUGGACAAGACGAGAGAGGGUAUUAUGGGCUGCAUUGGAGGAAGGAGUUGAACUGGAGGGCUCUUGGAUUUGAGUUCGUAGAGGAUGGGGAUUUGGAAGCGAAGAGCGAGGUUGGAAUGCCUGUUUUCCAUGCUUGA